AUGUCCUUCUUUGAAAAGCACUGGAACCAAAAUCACAAUGGAAAUACUCGUAUCUUCCAUGAAGAUUUUACAGGUGAUUUCUCUGACUCACCAAGUUUACAAAGCGCACAAUUCAAGAUGGAACCAAGAAUUCCUUCAUUGACUUUGGAUAAGGAAAAGAAAAAAGCCUUAUUAAAAGCUGACAAGAGUGAAUCACAUGAUCAUACAACUCACGAUCCAUCAAGAAUCUUUAACCAAUGUUCAUAA